UAAUAACAAGACAAAAAGAAAAACUCUCCAAAACGAAUUCGGUUACUUCGGUGCCAAAUGGUCACGUGCGGCCGUCAAACGUUCAGUAUGCUGCCAAUGGCGCCGACGAAUCCUUUUGUGGUAGCUGGCGCUGCUGUUCCAGUGAGCAACGCCUCGGCGGCAGCAGCGGCGGCGGCAGUGGCAGCAUCAGCAGUAGCGGCAGUAUCACUAUCCACAUCCACAACAUCUUCGUCUACAACCACCAGCAGCAAGCCCAAAUUGGCAUUUAGCAUUGACUCCAUAGUCGGUGAAUCCUCGACAAAGUCAUCUCCGCUGAGAGUCAGUGUGAUUGCCUCUCCACAGCGUAGUGAAAGUCCUUCGUCACCCACAUGUGCCACAAGAUCGCCGCGUGGUUUUCUCUAUUGUCGGCGUAGAGAGUCUCUGGAUCGUUCACGGAGUCCGCCACGUUCGCCCCACAGUCGCUCUCGAUCGCCGACAUCUCCUUUGCAAAAUAAUGCUCCUAAUCCCGUCCUUCCUGGUCUAAUCCGUCCACUACCGUUGCCGGCACCGGCUAGUUUAGCUUUAAUCACUCAAUCCCAGGCCCGCACAUCACCCACAACGAUUAGACCAGCAACUGGGCCGACUGGUGCACCACCACCACCAGCACCACUGCCGCCGGGACCUCCGCCACCGCCAUUUCUGGCUGCUCAAUUCCAAAUGGCCGCCGCCCUGGCGCACCAUCACCAACAGCAGCAGCAACAGCAACAGCAGCAACAACAACAGCAGCAUUCUCAUCCACCCGUGCCAACUGGACCGCCACUUGGUCCUCCUCCGCAUUUGCCACCUGGCCAUCCACUUAUGUUUCCCGGCCAUCCAGCGCAUCCACCACCACAUGGCCAUCAUCCAUUUGGAAGUGCUCCCCAUCUGAUACGUGAUAGUUAUCCCCUGUAUCCAUGGCUACUAAGUCGUCAUGGACGCAUAUUUCCACGGUUCCCAGGAAAUUUCCUUUUCCAACCAUUUCGUAAGCCGAAACGAGUGCGUACCGCCUUCUCGCCAACGCAGCUGCUUAAGCUGGAGCAUGCCUUUGAGGGUAAUCAUUAUGUGGUUGGAGCCGAACGCAAGCAGCUGGCCCAGGGAUUGAGCCUGACCGAGACCCAGGUCAAAGUCUGGUUCCAAAAUCGACGCACCAAGCACAAGCGAAUGCAACAAGAGGGCGGCGAUGGCAGCGAUACAAAGAGCAACAAGGGCAGUUCCUCAGGCGGUGGCGGUGGCAGUGGAGAUGGCGAAGAUGAAGCCAAAAACGAUGGCUCCCAGCACAGCUACGAUGAUGCCGAAGAAGUCGACGAUGACGACGAUAUCGAGGAGGAUGACGAGGACGAGGUGAUCGAUAUGGAGGAUUAUGGCAGUGAAAUGGAUACCGAGGAGCAUCAGAGAUUGCGCGAGCAAUUCCAACAGCAAUUGGUCCAACAUCAGCAGCAAUUGCUGCAACAGCAUGGCGAGGCAACGGCAACACUGACACCCCAGCAGCAGCAACAGUUGCUGCAGCAACAUCAGCAACACUUCCAUCAGCACCAACAGCAGCAGCAGCAACAUUUUAUGCAGCAACAGCAGCAACUUUAUCUAAGGGAAAAGGAACGAGAAAGAGAACGAGAACGUGAGCGAGAGCGAGAGCGAGAAAAAUAAUUCAACUGCAGCAACUUACUUAGUGUUGGCUAAUUUGUGUUCCUUUUUUUUCUUAAAUUUUUUGUGUAAAUUAUUUAAAAA